AUGUUAGCUGGUGUCUUAUCAGCGAGAGAUCUGAGGGCGUCGCUGAGGGCGGUCGUUGGGGGAGUCGACUCGGAACUCUCCCUGUCGUCAAGCAGCCUUCGAUUCUGGAAGUCCUUACCCUCUAACCUUGCCAAUCGGAAGGACCAGCAGCCACGGGCGGAGAACAGAGAAUGCGCAACGGCCUCGCGCGCGCAAGGCACCCUCUUCCGCCUCAAGCGAUUUACUGGUUUCUCCCCUUCAGUCUUCUUCCAUCAACCGUUGCAUCUCCAGCCUGAUCAAUCGAUGGAGGAAGACACCUGGCCUGGAGGACUCAUCAAAGAAGACAUCACCACCCUCCAGGAAAGUACUUCAGAUCAAGCGAUGGAGGAAGACACCCGGCCUGGAGGACUCACCAAAGAAGACAUCACCACCCUCCAGGAAAAAGGAUCAGGAGAUGGAGAGAGAUGCAUUCAACGCCUGGAGGCCUCAACAAUUCUUAGAUCAAGUGAUGGAGAGAGACGUCGACCCCCGCCUGGAGGCUUCAUCAUUCAAGUCAUCACCAGCAUCCUGUACGUUUUACAAUUGAGUGAUGGAGAGCUUUGUCAUGCUAUGCUACGCUUCUCAUCUUUCAUGCAGUUGACCUCUCCUUUACCUUCAAUUCUGAGAAGACCUCUCUUUUAUGACAGUAGUCCUGUUUCCUUUGAGACCAGUGAGGUUCCUUUGUCCUUCUUUUCGACCUUCCUGAUGGCUGUUUCAAGUCUCCUGGACAUCAUAUAGCAGCCCUUAGACCCUUAUUGGCUUCAUUGUCACGUGAACCUUCGGUUUGACUCUGUGCUAUUCCACAACACCUUUAUAACUCUGCAAAUUGUCUAGUGAUGCAUGCACGUGUUUUGACUGUGGUUUUUCUUGCCUUCUUCAUUUGGUGUUUUCUUCUGGUGUGUUUUAUGUUAUGUUAUCAUUCCUGUACCAUUAUCUUAGUUGUUUUCUUAUUUGAUAUUAAAUGUAUUUUGGGAAAAUGGAUGUGCCUAUUGUGAUGCCCAAUUUUUUUUUGUCUCCUCAAUUGAUUUGUAUUCACCACCGAACCCAUUCUGACUAUCAUGUUCUUUGUCGUUUCACGCUUCAUUUUGGAAUGUGGUCCCAUUGGCCCUGCACUGCUGCGAUCGAGU